ACCAGAGUCAUUCCCUUCAAUGCAUACCAACUUACAUUUCUCACUAUAACACAAUCUCACCAAGCCUUCUCUUCCAAAACUCAAACCAUACUGCUGAUACGAAAUGGCUUCCACUUCCCAAAAACAGUACAUGUUUGCUCUUUUCCUCGUCCUUGCAGUUGGCAUUUCCAAUGUGAUGUCCCGCAAGCUGCAUGAGACAUCCAUGCGAGAAAGACACGAGCAAUGGAUGGGAGAAUAUGGCAAAGUGUAUAAGGAUGCUGCAGAGAAGGAAAAACGUUUCCUGAUAUUCAAGGACAAUGUGGAGUUCAUUGAAUCAUUCAAUGCUGUUGGUAACAAACUUUACAAGCUUGGCGUUAAUCACCUUGCUGACCUCACAGUUGAGGAAUUCAAGGCUUCCCGUAAUGGACUCAAGAGGCCCCGUGAGCUUAGCACAACAACAUCAUUUAAGUAUGAAAAUGUUACUGCUAUUCCUGCAGCUAUAGAUUGGAGGCAAAAAGGAGCUGUUACUCCAAUCAAAAACCAGGGUCAAUGUGGGAGUUGUUGGGCAUUUUCAACAGUGGCAGCAACUGAGGGGAUCCACCAAAUAAGCACAGGGAAACUAGUAUCCCUCUCAGAGCAAGAGCUAGUGGAUUGUGACACAAAAGGAGUGGACCAAGGGUGUGAAGGGGGUUACAUGGAAGAUGGGUUUGAAUUCAUUAUAAAGAAUGGUGGAAUCAGCAGUGAGGCUAAGUACCCUUACAAGGCAGUUGAUGGGACAUGCAACAAAGCAGAUGCAGCCUCCCCAGUGGCUCAGAUUAAGGGCUAUGAGAAGGUUCCUCCCAACAGCGAGAAGGCACUCCAAAAAGCAGUGGCAAACCAACCAGUGUCCGUUUCUAUUGAUGCAGAUGGUGCAGGCUUCAUGUUUUACUCAAGUGGGAUUUACAAUGGAGAAUGUGGAACACAGCUAGACCAUGGUGUCACUGCAGUUGGUUAUGGCACAGCUAAUGGAACUGAGUAUUGGCUUGUCAAGAAUUCAUGGGGCACACAGUGGGGUGAGCAAGGUUACGUGAGGAUGCAACGUGGUAUUGCUGCCAAGCAUGGUUUAUGUGGAAUUGCCUUGGAUUCAUCUUAUCCAACUGUUUAAAUAGUUCACUUAUGUAUAUUGUGUUUCAUGAAUUGCUUUCUAGUAUCAACCUGUGACUCUGUCUAAAUGUAAACUUACAUGUUCAACCACUUUUUGUGUUAUGUUAUGGCAAAAAGUUUUAUAUCGGUCGAGUUGAGAUUAACGAUAAGAUAUAGUUUAUGCAAUUGCUUAUAAUACGAAAAACG